AUUGACAUAUAAAGCGAAGGGUUUUUGACAUGGCUCCCAAAGCAAGAGACGAAGAGACCAAGGAUGGAUCUUUGAUCGAGACGGAUCCCAUGAAAAUCUCCAACCCCAGUGAAAGAGAAGGUGUCGACGAUGAUAAGGAGGAUAACGAUAGUGAUAGUGAUUCAAAUUGGGAUAAGGAUAGUUUCGAUGGGCGGGAGUAUCAUACAUCUGAUCAUAGUGACUAUUCGGACGAGGAUUUACAGAGAAGAGCCCGUUUUUACAAUCGCAAGGUCAUCGAGACCAAGUCCGGGAUCUGGACAAAGAUGUUUGGAAAGGCGUUUCUGGUCGUGAGUUCCAGAAAGAAAAAGAAUGUGAAAUUCGAACGUAUCUUGAGGGCUAAUUUUAACCCAGGGGGCAGGACCAAGUACUACAUCACAUUUGCUGCAAGAGAUCAGUCUGAUUCUCCUGAUGAUGCACCUCUAGUGGAGUAUCAAGCUAAGGUGGUUUGGUCUGCAGGCCAGACUUAUCCCAUCCUUUGCAGACCCACUUCUCCACCUAAAUUGGGUACGUAAUACUCUUUUUCUUCUCACCUAUUCGUAUCUCAACGUCUAUGGCAAUGUUAAUAGAUGGUCAAGUAUGCUGGUUCUGUUCAACUUGUUGGCCUCCCAAGAAGAUACAAAUCUCUGGUUUUGCUCUGUUUUUUUCUCCCUUAUCAGUGUGUUAGUUGGUUUAAAGAGUAUUAAAAAUGAUUUGGUAAAAGACUUAGUUAGAAGAUUAUUAGACCACUCUGAUUGUUCUUUCGUAUAUAGUGGCCAUGGUUAAUAACUUAAUAUAGAUGUUGCAGUCUG